AUGUUGGUUUCUACGCUCGUUUUUGCAUCCCCCCUCAUCUGGGGCUCAAGUGCCUUUAUCCCUUACAAUUCACCUUAUGUUGACGAGUGGAUGAAAGACAACCAAGCCUGUCUCAAGGUACUUUUAUCCGAUAUCGACUGCGAUGAGAACCUUAUAGACAUGGGAAGCACAGGUUGGGAAGGCACCCUUGAGGGCGACGACGACUUUGCCAUAACCGAUGGCAUUUGCGCUAAGAAAUGCGGCGACUCGCUUCAGAAAUGGCAUGAUUCCUUUCAAAAACAUUGCGCGAAGGAAGCGAUACGAGAGCCUCCUAUGAUGGACGGCCGUAACCAGCUUUGUGACAAGGAUGCCAAGACAGGAAAAUACUGCAACGUCAUCAUUGACGAGUUCCCUGAAGGGGACGAAGACUACGAUGCCAGUGGACUCCCGGUCAAGUAUAUGUGCGAGCCUUGUUACGUCAGACGUCUUUGGGCAUUUGACAUCAGCUCUUAUAGCCCUGUCAACGGAUGGAUUGAAGAUAUGCGUGAGCGAAUGGACAAGGAAUGCCCCAAGUCUGUACUCGCUGGGAAGGAUGCUUUGACUGCAACAACCACGCCUUCCACGACAAUGACCGCCGCACCAGAAUCCUCGAAUGUUUCAAGCACGGCCACCAGUGCAGGCGAAGCCGUUACCACCGCGGAGAGCACCCCAUCCGCGACCAACAGUGUAGUGGCAGAAGUAACUGCCUCGCUGGAGGACAAUGCAGGUUUGAAGCUUAGUUCUUGGGGACUUGGCAAGUCAUUGGUGCUUGCUCUGGGGAUGGGCAUCUUUUACGUGUAA